AUGAGUAAGCAAGAUUCUCAUCGUCUAGAUAGUGAUACUUUAAGUUACUUUAAAAGAGUAAAAGAAGUUAUCCAAGAUGACUCCUUUGAAAAUGAUGAAGAUAAAUCUAUGUUUGUCCAAAAUGUUUUCGAGCAAGUGCUGGACAAGACAAUCGAGCUGUGCAAGCAUCAAAAUACAUCCUUAAUUUUAGAGCAAUUAAUACCUAUGAUGAAUCAUAAUCAAAUUUGCGCAUUUGAUGCUAAAUUGAAGGAAUCUUUUAAGUCGUUAGCAACAGAUCGUGCAGGUAGUCAUGUAAUCCAAGCAGUUAUCGCCAAGAUAACAAAAUUAUUACAAGAGAACAAUUUAAAAGAGAAAAUUCUGACUAUGUAUAUGGAAUUGAUUUGUCAAACUUGCCAAAUAGUUCAGCAAGAAAUAACUACUUUGAUAUUUGAUACUUAUGCUUCUCAUAUCUUAAGACAAAUCUUGGUACUUAUAAGUGGCUUACGUACUACUGAUAAUAACUUGGAUAAACCAUCACAACCUGUAAAAUUAAGACAUAAAGAGGCCAAUUCAAUUGAUUAUUACUUACAGAAAGAAUUGAACAUUGCUAUUAGAAAACCAUUGAACAAUAGAUUGAUGGAAUUAACAACAGAAAUUACUUCAAAAUGCAACUUUAACCACAUCAUAACAAACACUAUGAGUUGUUCAGUACUAGAGGUCCUCCUCACAGCUCUCGCUAAAGGCAAUACACCAUCAUGUAGGGAUUUAAUUCUAAAAAUUAUAGGUGAAAUUGAUUCUUUUAACCUUCGACAUCAUGAUAGCAGCUCUAGUAUUUUACCUUGCUUCAGCCAUCCUGUUGUUAGUCACCUUUUCGACAAGAUCCUGCAAGUUGCAUCUGCUAACACUCUGGAUCACGUCUAUUCCAAAUAUCUUAAGAAUUCUCUAUUGACGAUGUCCCUUCAUCCAAUUGCUAAUCACUCCGUACAAAAUUUUAUAUCUCAUAGCCAAUUCGAAACUCAAAUAGAAAGUGCCAUGAGCGAGCUCUCAGAUUAUUUCGAAGAUAUCUUUGCUGUUGGCCACUGUGGUAUUAUUGUUAGUAUGCUCCAGACUGGUGUUCGGUAUCCUAAGUAUCAAAAGAAAUUAUGGAAGUCGCUUGUUACAGCAUUUCAUGUAACAGAAGAUCAAGACUACUACAACAAAUGUGUCCUAUUGAUUAUCACAUUAAGCACAUACGAAGUAUAUUUUAACGUUGAAAAUACCGAUGGUGAUACAGAAAAUAAGACUCUAACGGAAAUUAAUCAUUUUGGAGCUUUGAUUCUACAAUCGUUAUUUAAGUUUAACAGCAAUUCCGACCUAUUAAAGAGUUGGUUUCUAUUAAAACGUGAGGAAUUACUUUUCAUUGCAUGCGAUAUAACUGGCAAUCAUAUUAUUGAAGCUUUUUUUGAAAGUUCAACCAUUUCUUAUAAGAAAAAAAAGAAAUUGAUCGAUCUUUACAAGGGAUCUUAUUGCCAUUUAGCUUGCAAUAAGUAUGGAAGUCGGUCACUGGAAUGCUGCUGGCGUGCUGCAGAAAUGACUUUGAAGGAAGAAAUUGCAAAAGAAUUAGUUGAACAAGGAUCUAAUUUGCGAUCUAAUUUUUACGGAAAGAUUAUAUUUCAUAAAUGUAAUUUGCAAUAUUUUAAAAAAAAAAUCGAAAUGUGGUCAUCAAAGGAACAAGCUAAAGAUAGAAAGCGACAAACUCUCUCCAGUAUAUUAGAUGAAGUUAACGAUAAUACUAAACAAGCUAAGAGAGCUUUAGCCAAAAGCUCUAACUUAUCUGACUCUAAGAAGGGAUCAAAUUAUUUUGGUAAGGAACUAUCAUUAUUAGGAUUUAAGCCACAAAAUUUGGAAGAAGCUGAUAAUGCAGAAAAGAAUACCGCUACAAGUUCCAAAACUACCACUGAUUGUAUAGAUGAAGUAUUUGGCAAAGCAAAUAUGGACAAUAAGGGUAACAUACAAUCGAAGAAAUUAAAAACGCAGGUGUCAGAAGAACAACAAGGUGAUAACUCGGAAGUAAAGAAAGACAUGCAACCUAUCUUAGAAGCGAUUACUUCUAUCAAAAAAAGAAAAAAAUCAAAAAAGACUACGAAACGAAAGUUUAUGUCUUAA